AUGGACCGCCUUAUCCGCUUUCUGAUCCUUCUCAACGCGCUUCCGCUCGUCGCCCUAAUCAUUGCCGUCUUCAUUCAAAACCUCUUCCGCUCCAUCCUCCAGCUGCUCGGCCUAGCUCCCCCGGAUCCCCCCGACCUCCCCAUUUCCGCGCGCCCGCGCGCGCCCGCUCCCCCCUCGGGCCUCUGGUUCGUCCGCCAGCAAAGGUCACUGGGACAGGUGGAAGGGGAGAUGAUGGAAAACGCGGGGGAACUCAGGCAGGUGGGGAUCGAUCGCUGCGACGACGGCAACCGCUGCACGGCGGACGUGUGCGCGUGGGGCGGAAACCGGUCCGCUGCUGCGUCCGCCUGCGCGCCCUGGCCAGCCUGCCAUUUCGCGCCCGCCACCUGCACCAACACGCCCAUCCCCGGCUGCGCGCAGCCUCCGCCGCCGUCCCCGCCUCCGCCUAAAAGUACAAAGCCGCCUAAGUCCCCCAAGCCGCCCAAAUCGCCGAAACCGCCUAAAAGCCCCCCCAAGUCAGGUUAUCCUUCGCCUCCGCCCAGCCCUCCGUCUCCACCCCCUUCCCCCCCUCCUCCAUCCCCCCCUCCUUCCCCGCCACCUCCGCCAUCCCCACCCCCGUCUCCCCCGCCUCCGCCUUCCCCCCCUCCUUCGCCUCCCCCUCCGCCGUCCCCACCCUCGCCCCCAUCACCGCCUCCUCCCCCCCCGAUCCCUCCAAGCCUCUUCAACGUGCUUGCCUACGGGGCGAAGGGCAAUGGGGGGACCAACGACGCGGGCGCUAUAGUAGCAACGUUCAAGGCAGCGUGCGCGUACGCUGCUGCGAGCAGCACGCGCGCUACAGUGCUGCUGCCGGCAGGAUACACGUUCCUGCUGUCCUCUGCUAUCAGGAUGGAGGGCCCGUGUGGGAUCAGCGGCAGCGGCGCUGCUAUCACCAUCCAGAUCGACGGCACGCUAGCAGCGAACCCCAUCCCCGAGGCCAUCAGCUACAGCGUGGACGCGGUCAUCUACCUGAACAAACUGGACGGGCUGCGCCUCGUGGGCUCGGGCACGGUUGAUGGGCAGGCCGCCACGUGGUGGUCGCGGUUCCGCUCCGGGAAGAGCACUGACCGGCCUGACCUGCUGUACAUCCAGCGCUGCAAUGGCAUGGAGAUGAGCGGACUCACCAUCAAGAACCCCCCAAUGUUUCAUGUGAACAUCAAGGACCUGGUGGGGCUGUGGAUCCACCACGUGACCACGGAUAGCCCCUACAACAGCCCCAACACUGACUCCAUCAGCAUUGGCCGCGUGCGCUAUGCUCUCAUCGAACACUGCUCCAUCCAUGGCGGUGACGACAACAUAUCCAUAAAGGACGGAGUGCACCACGUGCUCAUCCGCGAUGUGCUCUGCACGGCCGGCCAUGGUAUCAGCAUCGGCAGCCUCGGCAUCGGCGGUGCGCUCAACUGUGUCUCAAACAUCACCGUUCAGAACAGCAUACUCAUGUCUCUCUCCAAUGGGCUGCGCAUUAAGACGUAUCAGGGCGGGCAGGGCGCCGUGUGGAACAUUCGUUAUGAGAACGUCACGAUUGUGGACUGCUCCAAUUCCGUUAUAGUCACGCAGUAUUACUGCGACAAGAAUAACGUCGGGCCAGGCGGGUGCACGAUAAAGCCAGCAGCGCUCGGCAUCUUCAACAUCUCGUACACCAACGUCACGGGGUUCACAAACGGAACCACGGGGAUCAAUUUCAACUGCAGCGACAGCGUGCCGUGCCAGCAGCUCAGCCUGAAAGACAUCGCCAUUGCCUCCUCCAGAGGUCGUGUUCUCUUACCAAACUACCGCAGUGCGUACGGGACUGCCACGCGUGUGCUGUCCCCUCUCCGGCCCGACAACAAGACCUUUGUGGAAGGCGGGAUAUCAGCGGCUAAAGCAGACGCGUUCCUGGCUCAAAUCGCCAAGUGCGGUGCAAUCUUUGUCUCCCCCAUUGCCCCUGUGCAGAGUAACACAGCCAUGGAACCCCAAUCCACCUCCACCCUUGGCCCCUCCAUCCUCUCCUCCCCCCAGUCCUCCGCCUCUACCCCCCCCACCCUCUCCGCCUCUACCCCCCCCACCCUCUCCACCUUUACCCCCACCAUCUUCUCCACCAAACCCUCCCCCUGCACCACCAUCCUCCCCACCCCCAACCCCUCCCCCUUCUCCACCUUCACUUGA